UUCAAAUCCAGACAAAACAAGACCUCAUAAUCCACAUACAAAUUUAAAAUGGCAAAUAACACUGGUUCCAGCCGUCAUUAGUACUAAGAUGUAACUGACUUUCUUAACUCUUUGAGAGCCCUUCAGCUGGAAGAUGGGAGUUUCUGGGCAGUAGCCGAAGGCAGUGAAAAUGACAUGCGAUUUGUGUACUGUGCUUCCUGUAUUUGCUAUAUGCUCAACUGGUCAGGCAUGGAUGUGAAAAAAGCCAUCACCUAUAUUAGAAGAAGUAUGUCCUAUGACAAUGGCCUGGCACAGGGAGCUGGACUUGAAUCUCAUGGAGGAUCUACUUUUUGUGGCAUUGCCUCACUCUGUCUGAUGGGUAAACUAGAAGAAGUUUUUUCAGAAAAAGAAUUGAACAGGAUAAAGAGGUGGUGUAUAAUGAGGCAGCAAAAUGGUUAUCAUGGAAGCCCUAAUAAGCUUGUAGACAGCUGUUACUCUUUUUGGGUGGAAGCAACUCUAAAGCUUCUAAAAAUUUUCCAAUAUACUAACUUUGAGAAAAAUAGAAAUUACAUCUUAUCAUCUCAAGAUUGCCUCGCAGGAGGAUUUGCCAAGUGGCCAGACAGUCAUCCAGAUGCUUUGCAUGCAUACUUUGGGAUCUGUGGCCUGUCACUAAUGGAGGAAACUGAAAUUUGUAAAGUUCAUCCUGCUCUGAAUGUAAGCACACGGACUUCUGAACGCCUUCUAGAUCUCCAUCAAAGCUGGAAAACCAAGGACUCUAAACAAUGCUCUGAGAAUGUAGAGUCUUACAAUCAAAUCUCCUGCUGAUGUCACUUUGGGAUAUGGUGUUGAACCAGUAAUCUUUGUACUGGGUUUCAAGAAAAUCUUUGUUGACGUUUGAACCACUUUGUCGUAGUUCU